CGGGGACAUUUGCUGUCAGUCGUUGGUCAAUUAAAGAACGUUCUACAAUGAAAUACAUUUUGUGUUUUCUCUUCGCCAUCUCCAUCUGCUGCGUUUUCGCAAAUACUGAGGUUUACGCCACGCUAAAGCCAACUAUAGAUGUCUCCUGUGUCGAGACUAAACAGUACUCAAAAGUUGGUGGUAAGUAUUACUUUCUUGGAGACACCAAAGUCACUUGGUUUGAAGCCGCACACUUGUGUCGUCGCUUUGGCGGAGAUUUGGCAUUGAUUGAAUCUGCCGAAGAAAUGACCAGGAUUUCAGAAUAUCUGAAGGGCAAGGGAUACGAUGGCAACGCUUGGUUUUGGAUAUCAGGAAACGAUCUCGUCGCCAAUCAUCAGUUCAUCUCGCUGACAAGUGGAUUACCAUUGCCAUUCACCUUAUGGUCAGCUGGACAACCAGAUUUUCCUGGCCAAGAGCAUUGUGUUCACAUCUGGCUGAGAGAUGGAACCUUCCGCAUGAACAACUGGGUCUGCACCCAGAAAGCGUUUUAUAUUUGCCAAAUACAGGAAAGUCCGCGCUGUCAUGUAGUAUAUUAAAUAUUAUAUAAAUAAAAUAGGCUGUUGUCUA